AUUUGAGAAUAUUACAACUGUGAUUUGAAAAAAAGAGAAACAAUUAUUGGACCUCAAACAAACAAGAAGAUACUGUUCGUUGAGGUAAAAUGGAAGUCCUUAGAUUUUUUUAUUGAUGACUGGGAUGAGCAGAAGAAGCGAAGGGCUGGAGAGAGACAUGCGGGGGAGACAAGGGGCCACUACGCCCAGAGAGAAAAGAGAAGGAGAAGGAAGGUGGGGUCUCCAUUUUUGUUUUCUCAGCUGAUUGGUCUGUGACUGGUUCUAUCUAUCGUCACCUGCUUUUUUUGCAGAAAGGUGUUGGUGGCUAAAGGGAUUACUUAGAUCUCGCGUUUGUGUAGAUCUAGCCCGUGGAGAAAACUGCUCUGUUUCCGUGAAUUACAACUGUAAACCAGUUUUGGAUUUGGAUUUUUUUAGUGAAAGAGGUAACUGAGAGGAAAAGGUGAGUUGGCGGGAGGCAAUGGAGGUAAGUGCUGGAUUGGUGGCUGGCUCUCACAACCGGAACGAGCUUGUUGUCAUCCGUCGAGACGGUGACUCUGUCCCAAAGCCGGCGGAGCAGUUACGCGGGCAAAUUUGCCAUAUAUGCGGGGACGACGUGGGGUUGACGACUGACGGAGAGCCGUUCGUCGCCUGCAACGAAUGUGCUUUUCCCAUCUGCAGGACUUGCUACGAGUACGAGAGGAGAGAAGGCAAUCAAGUCUGUCCCCAAUGCAAGACCAGAUUCAAACGUCUCAAGGGCUGUGCUAGAGUCGAGGGAGAUGAAGAAGAAGACGACAUCGAUGACUUGGAGAAUGAGCUCAAUUUUGAUGGAGGGACUAGACAGGAGUUGCAGAAUGGUGUUUUUGCUGAUGCAGUGCUUCAUACCCACCUGGGCUAUGGCCGAUUCUCCGACUCAAAUCUCCCUUAUGCAGCUAACGAAAUUCCUCAACUUCCUCUUCUUACUAACGGUCAAAUGAUUGAUGAUAUCCCGCCCGAACAACAUGCCUUGGUUCCUUCUUCACUCGUGGGUGGUGGAGCCAAAAAGAUCCAUCAUCCUUUUCCCCAUUCAGAUUCUGUGCAACCCAGAUCCAUGGAUCCUUCCAAGGACUUGGCUGCUUAUGGUUAUGGAAGUGUUGCCUGGAAAGAGAGAAUGGAGAGCUGGAAGCAGAAACAAGAAAAGUUGCAUAUGAUGAAAAAUGAAAGUGGCGGCAAAGAUUGGGAUAAUGAUGGUGAUGGCCCUGAUCUCCCUCUUAUGGAUGAGGCAAGACAACCAUUGUCAAGAAAGCUGCCUAUCCCAUCAAGCCAACUCAACCCAUACCGCAUGAUCAUCAUAAUUCGACUUGUGGUCCUUGGAUUCUUUUUCCACUAUCGAAUCACACACCCUGUUACUGAUGCCUAUAUACUGUGGCUUGUAUCUGUUAUUUGUGAGAUUUGGUUUGCUAUUUCAUGGAUUCUCGAUCAAUUCCCUAAGUGGCUCCCUAUUGAGAGGGAAACUUAUCUAGACAGGUUGUCCUUGAGAUAUGAGAAAGAGGGCCAGCCUUCUCAACUCGCUGCAGUUGAUAUAUUUGUGAGUACAGUUGAUCCGUUAAAAGAGCCCCCAUUGGUGACAGCAAAUACAGUUCUAUCAAUUCUUGCAGUAGAUUAUCCUGUUGACAAAGUUUCAUGUUAUGUUUCUGAUGAUGGAGCUGCCAUGCUGACAUUUGAGGCACUUUCAGAAACAUCUGAAUUUGCAAAAAAAUGGGUACCUUUCUGUAAAAAAUUUAAUAUUGAGCCACGGGCACCAGAGUGGUAUUUUACUCAAAAGAUUGACUAUCUCAAAGAUAAGGUUCUGCCAUCAUUUAUCAGGGAAAGAAGAGAAAUGAAGCGAGAGUAUGAAGAGUUUAAAGUUCGAAUCAAUGCCUUAGUUGCCAAGGCUCAAAAAGUUCCGGAAGAAGGGUGGACAAUGCAGGAUGGCACCGCGUGGCCGGGAAAUAAUGUUCGUGAUCAUCCUGGGAUGAUUCAAGUUUUUCUAGGGCAAAGUGGAGGACAUGAUACAGAUGGAAAUGAAUUACCACGCCUGGUGUAUGUCUCUCGAGAAAAGAGGCCGGGUUUUAAUCAUCAUAAAAAAGCUGGGGCAAUGAAUUCACUGGUCAGGGUCUCUGCAGUACUUACAAAUGCACCUUAUCUGUUGAAUUUGGAUUGUGAUCACUACAUUAACAACAGUAAGGCUCUCAGAGAAGCCAUGUGUUUCAUGAUGGAUCCACUCGUAGGAAUAAGGGUGUGCUACGUCCAGUUCCCACAAAGAUUUGAUGGUAUCGACAAGAAUGAUCGAUAUGCAAACCGAAACACUGUAUUCUUUGAUAUUAAUAUGAAGGGUUUGGAUGGCAUUCAAGGACCUAUUUAUGUUGGGACUGGAUGUGUAUUCAGAAGGCAGGCACUUUAUGGUUAUGAUGCUCCAAAACCAAAAAAAACAGCUACCAGGACGUGCAACUGCUUGCCUAAGUGGUGCUGUUGUGAAUCCUGUUGCUCUGGAAGGAGAAAGAAGAAGAAGACUAACAAACCUAAAAAUGAGCUGAAGAAAAAGAAUUCAAGAAAAGGAGAUAUUGAAGCAUUAGCACUUAUACCCUCCAUGGAAGGUGUUGAGGGAGGCAUUGAAGGGACUGGAAGUGAAGAUUUUUCUGUUAUGUCUGAGAAGAAAUUAGAAAAUAAAUUUGGACAAUCUCCAGUUUUUGUGGCAUCCACCCUGCUAGAGGAUGGUGGAAUGCUGAGAAGUGCCAGCCCUGCGUCUCUUCUAAAAGAAGCCAUCCAUGUCAUCAGCUGUGGCUAUGAAGACAGAACAGAAUGGGGCAAAGAGGUCGGAUGGAUUUAUGGCUCAGUUACAGAGGAUAUUUUGACAGGUUUUAAGAUGCAUUGCCAUGGAUGGCGGUCCAUCUAUUGCAUUCCUGCUAGGCCAGCAUUUAAAGGGUCUGCCCCCAUCAAUCUUUCUGAUCGUUUGCAUCAGGUUCUGCGUUGGGCUCUUGGAUCCAUUGAAAUAUUCUUGAGCAGGCAUUGUCCAAUUUGGUAUGGUUAUGGAGGGGGAUUAAAGUGGCUAGAGCGUCUGUCUUACAUAAAUGCUACUGUAUAUCCAUGGACAUCAAUUCCUCUGCUGGCAUAUUGUACGCUCCCUGCUGUGUGCUUGUUGACAGGGAAGUUCAUCACACCAGAGCUAAGCAAUGCGGCUAGCUUGUGGUUUUUGUCACUCUUCAUUUGUAUUUUUGCAACAAGUAUAUUGGAAAUGAGAUGGAGUGAAGUUGGAAUUGAUGAAUGGUGGAGGAAUGAACAAUUUUGGGUGAUUGGAGGGGUGUCAGCACACCUGUUUGCCGUAUUCCAGGGACUUCUGAAAGUUUUAGCUGGUGUUGAUACCAACUUCACCGUGACCUCAAAAGCAGGGGAUGAUGAAGAUUUCUCAGAGCUAUAUGCAUUUAAGUGGACUACAUUGCUUAUCCCCCCCACCACAUUGUUGAUAAUAAACCUGGUAGGAGUUGUUGCUGGUGUCUCAAAUGCGAUAAACAAUGGGUAUGAUUCAUGGGGGCCUCUGUUUGGUAAGCUCUUCUUUGCAUUUUGGGUGAUUGUUCACCUAUACCCUUUCCUCAAGGGUCUGCUGGGUCGGCAGAACAGAACUCCUACAAUUGUCAUUGUCUGGUCAAUUUUACUUGCUUCCAUUUUCUCCCUUCUAUGGGUUCGAAUUGAUCCAUUCUUGGCCAGAUCAAAUGGUCCAGUUCUUGAGGAAUGUGGGUUGGAUUGUAAUUAUUAGUGCAUUUAUUCUCAGCGUGAUUGGCUGGUGGGGAAGAUGAUGUGUGUUACUUUUGUCUUUGAGGAAAUUCAGAGGAGUUUCAACCAUAGGUCCUCCGGUUAAUAAGCCUUUUGUUACAUAAACCAGAACAUGCAGCUUGAUUCUUCAUUAGUAGGGUUUAAUGAAGAGAGAGUAGAGUGGAAUUAUUAUUUGGGUCUCUCUCCCGUUGUUUGGCAAUAAAAGCAGGCCGUCUUGAUACAUGUAAAAAUCGAGAAGGAGAUGACCAUGUCCCCGUGUUUAUUGUUAGUUCUGUACCUGAAGGUUGCUGCAAAAUGAUAAUGUAGCUUAUAUUGUAUUGUUUUUGUAACGAACAAAGCUUAGUAAUGAACAAAGCUUAGGAAUAAAGAGAAAAUGGUGCGAUUCAAUGUA